AUGGUCCGCCUCCGCGUCCUCAUAUCCACCCCCGAAAAGCCCUACCCACCCACCCAACUCCUUCCCGUGAAUCUCGCAACACCGACCAGCAUCAAGACGCCUGGUUUUGAAGGGGAGAUAUCCGUCUGGGUGAAGGAUUAUGCGGGGGAUGAGAAGCGGGGAGAGGGGGAGGAGUAUUUCGGGCAGGAGGGGAGAGGGGGGAUGACUUAUGCUAUUGUGACGAGGGGCCGAUUCCUCGAUCCGGUCGAUGCGGACGACCUUGUCUUUGGUAACAUGUUCGAAAAGCCCAUCAAGUCACAACUACCAUGGGGGAGCAGUAUAGCUAUCAAAGCGAUGCACUUCUUGGAUCCCACGCUCGAGGUAGACGUCUAUGGCGAAAAGCCAUGGGCGUUAUCACCGACACUAGCGACCUUCAACUAUCUUUCACUGACCGCAAAGAAGCCGGAAUAUACCCCGUCGAUAUUAGAGAAGAGCGUGGAGAGGUUGGGGGAGCUGUAUGAUGGUCCAUCACCUCCGCCUGGAGAAGGUAUGGCCGAGAGCGCAGAACAGGCCGCGCGGAAAAAGUGGUUAGGAAACAAAGACCACCGGAAGGCUGUAACGCUGGACAAGUCGACAUGGGUCGGUAUGGAGUUUUGCAAUGGUUAUCUGGACUUCAAUACCCUCUCGGCUAAGCUCCCACCACCCUUCAACCUCUCCUUCCCCCUCCUGCAAUACUGGGACGGCCAGCCGGUCACGUACGUGUGCAAAAAACGCGCGCCGCCCGGAUCGAAAGACCAGACGGACGGGGAAGUGUACUUUGCGGUGGCGUUUGAGAUUGUCGAUGAGGAGGCGAAGCAGUUGUUGGCGGAGAAGGAGGGACAUGGGGAGGCGGGGCCUGCUGCUGUUGUCCCUACAACUGGGUCUAAAGGGGCGAAUGGGGAUGGGAGGAAGGAGGAUGAGGAUAGUGAUGAGGAGGGAACGUUUGAGGAUGCGGAGACGGGGGAUCUGUCGGAUGAUGUGGAUUAG